AUGGUAACCUUCAUGGUAUCGCCGCUGAUCGCGCUACAAGAAGAACAGGUUAGCUGUCAGCGAAAUACAUGUUUGGUUGAUGACAUGUCUACCCAGGCAGAAAACUUUCGCAAUGAAUUCAAACUUACUGCUAUCGCAAUAAACAGUGCGCAUGGGGGCUGUACAAAAGAAAUAAUGGCGGAUGUGUGCAGCGGCAAGUGGCAGAUCGUCGUUAUCUCACCGGAAAUGUUGCUCUCCAAGCGGUUCAUAAAGAACGUCUUGCGGAAUCCAGAGAUGCGCAGCCGCAUACUCUCGAUUGUGGUUGAUGAAGCCCACGUUGUGUCGCACUGGGGGUCCGGUUUCCGAAAGAAGUAUGGCACCCUGGGGAUACUACGUGCCUUGCUGCCGAAGGACACGCCGAUGGUGGCCAUGUCAGCGACAUUACCAGCUCGCGUUUGGCAAGACGUGUUAAAGAAGCUGCAAUUUGACGAACAAAACUACACAUACCUAAACCUCGGCAAUGACAGGCCCAACGUCUCUCUCGUGGUCUGCGCCAUCCAAAACACAAUCAGCAGCUACAGUGAUCUUGACUUCCUGAUCCCAAGGGAUAUCCGUGAGGUCAACGACAUAAAAAAAUGCUUCGUAUAUGCCGAUAACAUUACCGCAGGCAGUGACAUGAUGGAACACCUGUAUGACAUAGCACCUGAGGGAUUUUGCGAAGCAGGAAUUAUCAGGACUUACAGUGCAGCGUUCUCGGUAAAAUACCGGCGAGAGGUGAUGGUGCUCUUCAAGGCUGGUCAUAUUCGAAUCUUGAUAUGUACCGAUGCUGCGGGAAUGGGAUGUAACAUAUCCGAUAUCGACAUUGUGGUCCAGUGGAAACUUCCUUCAAGUGUUUCUUCAUUCGUUCAAAGGGCCGGUAGGGCUGCGCGAGGAUAUGGAAGAAGCGGACUUGUGGUGCUUCUUGUCGAGAAGUCAGCGUACGACGUUGAUCUAACAGAUCCCCAAGGUAAAACAAAAGGAAAGCCUAAAACAAAGAAAGCGAACGUACGAGAGCCAACAAACUAUGCAAAAUCAAAGGACAAGGACUAUGCUGUGAACCACGGUGUGUUGCGUGGUGCAUUCGGUGGGGCCUCAGACGAAAUUCCUGCCAGAAUUGAGGUGCCACUGGACCAGCUUGCGAUUGACGAGGGUCUGCACAUGCUAGUGCAGAGCAUGGACUGUAGGCGCAAGGUAUUGACGGAAAUCUAUGGAAAUGAAAUACCUCAGCCGACUGUUGCUUGUUGCGAUCUCUGUAGCCCAGCAUUACUCAAUCACACCAGGCCUGCCCCUCCGUCACGGACUUCUCGCAAGAAGAACGUUACUCCAGGAAUCGUCGACAAGCAACUAAAGAAAGCAAUCGUCAAAUGGCGCAAAGAAAUCUGGACUCACGAUUUCGGAGACUCACUUUUUGGGCCCUCCGCCAUUCUUUCCGAUACGGCCGUGGAAUCGCUUUCGUCGUUUGGAAAUAUUGAAAGGCUUAUCGAUCUCGAAAUUGCGUUGGGCGGAUAUUGGGCAUGGUUUGGUCGGUACGGCGACAAGCUUCUGAACCUGUUCAAGAGCUUGGAUGUCGGACCUAAACAGCAUAAACCGCCGAAACCGUGGGCAGCAAGAGGUGAAAAGCGUGCAUCACAGCCUGGAGAUGGAGAUGCGAGUGGGGUGAAAGAAGAUCAGCCAAAACGACGACGCACCUCGAAAUUUAUGGAAGUACCUCCCACACCUGUCAAUCCACGGCCCGGACCCUCAAGUUCUCGUCACACAUUACCAGCGCCAUCGACUCCAAUGCCACCUCCCUUUCCAUAUCAUCAUGCUCAACUUCCAACAACGAUGUCUUCGAGUCCGUUAGCCAAUAAUCCAUAUGCGGCGCUUGCAACUCCCCAGCCCAAUCAUUAUCAUUUACCUCAAAUGCAGCGCACACCGCCAAGUUUUCACUUCCCUAUUUCUUAUUAUUAUCCCACUAAUACCCCCUCGUCUUCUUCUUCUCGUCAACCACCAAACCCACUAUUCUACCCUCAUCUGUAUCCUAGAAAUCCUCCGCCGCCACCUCCACCAAAUUCUUAG